AUGGACCAAGCGGGCCCUUACCAUGAAGCGUCAUCGGACGCUGAUAUCUACGAGCCAAACGAACUUGAGAAGCCGAAACCACGAGCCCUACCCGAUGAUCUCCCUACGUCUUUGGACGAUCGCCGCUCGGUGCCCACAUACACCGCAGAGACAGAGAUGUAUGACGGUUGGCAAGGCCAAUCUCAAUUCCUGACAAGUCCUGUUCCCACGAAGCCAUUAACGUUUAACCUCACCCUCAAUGACCACACGCAUGACGAUGACCUUGGCUUUCGAACGAGCGCCUACCCAGAGAAUGGACGCAUGGAAGGCAGUGACGCGCGACUAAUGGAGAUGCUAGCAGCUCAGGCCGCGCACAGAGAUGUUGGCAUCGCGGGAACUGAUGAAGACGACAUUGCUGCCGACAAGAAAUUGACGGACGAGCAAAAGCGCGAUAUCCUGCAGAAGACGUUGAACACAGCCGCCAGCAACGGCGACGUCGAGAGGGUGAAGAAACUGCUGAACGGAGAAGCAAGCCGAUACGUCGACGUUGAUCUACCGGAUGAGGAGGGGACGGUGCCGUUGAUAUAUGCCAGCUGCUUCGGCCACCACGAGGUUGUCACUGCACUGCUUGAAGCGGGAGCGCAGGUUGAUAACCAGGACCGCAAUCGGUGGAGCGCAUUGAUGUGGGCGAUGACGAAUCGGCAUAAGACCAUUGCAAAGGUCCUGCUCGACUAUGGGGCAUCUCCCGAGAUCAGAUCUUCUUCUGGAGGUACAGCUUUCGAUUUCGUGCAGCCUGGGACGGACAUCUCGAACUACCUGCAAGAGAACGGCUACAAUUUUGGGUCAUCUGGUAUCAACAACGACUUCUAUGACUCUGGUUUCGGUCACGGUAGAUUUGAGGAGGAAAUGGCUGAAAAUGAGAUAAAAAGACGAAUGAUGAUGGAAGAAAGCGCAAUGAAUUUAGAGGUUGACUUGUCUAGCCUGGGCCUUGACGAGAAACUCGACGCUAUGGACGAUGAAUUGGAAGACCAACAGGAGUUCGUGUGGGACCGGUGUCUUCAUGAUCAAAUGUUUGUUUUCCAGGAGCACGAACUUGACAGGAUCUUGGAUAUUAUAAUUACCACUAUGACACCGCAGCGUUCUCCGUCUCAGAAGCCCAUCCCCGCAAACGUCCUAUUCCUAUGUGCUCGAUACGCCCAUUACCAUGCCAGCCCAGAACUCCUGAGCACGUUGCUCUUGUCGGCAACAGAUCGGAUCAAUGCCGUGGUAGAAAAACAUCAGUGGGAUAUGACCAUUUUGGCGUUUUGGAUAUCUAAUGCUACGUUAUUACUUCACUACCUGAAGAAGGACGGGGAAUUGGUAUCGGCAACGGUCGAGUUUCAACUCCAUCUCGCAGAACUCAUCAAUGAUAUCUUUAUCCUGAUUAUCCGCGAUGCAGAGCGGCGCAUGGACAAAGUUUUCGAUAACGCGAUGCUCGAACAUGAAACAAUUCCGGGAUUCGAAGACGUUCAUUUUCAAAAUGAGUGGAAACUCUUCCGAUCUAAAUCGAAAGUUAAGCCUGAACCGUUGGAGAAGAGACUGAGACCGCCUUCGCCGAAGCGACGGGCAGAAAUCUCUCCGCGAAAUAUUACCUCUUUGCUCUCCUCGACUCUUUUUGUGCUGGACCUUUACGAUGUCCACUCCGUCAUCACUGCCCAAAUACUUUCUCAGUUGUUCUACUGGCUGGGUGCGGAGCUCUUCAACCGGAUUAUGACGACGAGGAGAUAUCUUGCACGCACGAAAGCAAUGCAGAUAAGGAUGAACGUAUCUGCACUUGAGGAUUGGGCGCGGUUGAACAACCGACAGCCGGAACACUACGAGAACGGAUCUACCACCUGCACGGGCGAGAGCACGGUUGAGGCAGCCCGCAAACAUCUUGAGCCGGUUGUCGAGUUACUACAGUGGCUGCAGUGUUUCUCGUCGCUGGGUGACGAUUUAGACUCCCUGAUUGCAACUCUACAGCAACUACCACGCCUGACCCCAAUACAGCUCCUUCACGCCGUGAAACUGUAUCGGCCAGAGGUGGGCGAGAAGGGGCUUCCGAAGAGCGCGAUGAAAUAUAUCACAUCUUUGAAGGACGACCCAUAUCUGCUGUACCGGCCAACAUCACCAAAGGCCGAAACAACUCCCACAUCACAGGCGACGAAUGCCGCCCCUUCGACGCCCACUGUGGCGACUAUGCCUGGUAAAGAUGGCGAUUCAGCCGAACCGGCAACGCCCCAGACACCGCAACUGCAACCACCUUCGACCUCACAGCCACAGCAACAGUCUCCAUCGCAGGCAUCCCCUCAACCGGCGAUCUCCGCGUCAGAACGCACAUCCCUACUACUUGACCCAGCGAUGACCCUUCCCUUUUCUCUUCCGACAAGCACGGAUAUGCUGAUCAGCUACGGAGCCGGGUUUGGAGGGACGAACCGGGACCGGGAAAGAAAGUAUAUCCCGACCGUUCCCACGGAGUUUCUGGCGAGGUUUGAUAGAAGCUGAACGCGGGCCGUGGUUGAUAAUAUCGUGGCGGGAGACCUGGUUUGAAUCUGUACACAUAUUACUCCGUACCACAUUUUUUGAGAUCCAUGUACAGAGCAGCAGAUGCUCGAUGGAGCGUCCGGCAGACAGCUCAGCACAAAGAAA